AUGUGCCACACCAGCUGCUCCACUGGCUGCCAGCCAAGCUGCUCCGUGCCCCUCCUUGUCUGUUGUGUGUCCAGCCCCUGCCAGUCCACCUGCUGUGUGUCCAGCCCCUGCCAGUCCACCUGCUGUGGGUCCAGCCCCUGCCAGUCAGCCUGCUGUGUGCCUGUGUGCUGCAAACCCGCUGUGUGUGUGCCUGUGUGCUGCAAGCCCGUGGCCUGUGGGGUCCCCUCCUGCCAGAUCUCCUGCUGCCAGCCGGCUUCCUACACAGCCCUGGUCUGCAGACCCACAUGUACUCCGUCCUGCUGCUGAGCAGGAGUCCUCCAAGCGUCUGCUCAUCGUUCAGCUGAGAUGACACUGGAAACACCCUAACUUGGGUCAUUGUGGCUGAUCUGCUCUGCUGAUCCCCUGCAACUCCGUGUGCCUUCACUAGCCACACAAAGCAGGGCUACUCAUCCAGUCAGCAGGAGCUUCCAUUCCCCCCCACACACCCCCUCCCUGAAAUCCAUGGGGCAAAGAUCCUCAUGGGCAGACACGUGGGCUCUGCUCACUGUCCACUUGU